AUGUUGGGCAUGAUCAGGAACUCGUUGUUCGGGAGCGUAGAGACGUGGCCUUGGCAGGUCCUGAGCAAAGGGGCCAAGGAAGAAGUGUCCUAUGAGGAAAGGACCUGUGAAGGCGGGAAGUUUGCCACAGUGGAAGUGACAGAUAAGCCUGUGGAUGAGGCUCUACGGGAAGCAAUGCCCAAAGUCAUGAAGUAUGUGGGAGGCACCAAUGACAAGGGAAUUGGGAUGGGGAUGACAGUCCCCAUUUCCUUUGCCGUGUUCCCCAGUGACGAUGGCUCCCUACAGAAGAAAAUCAAAGUCUGGUUCCGGAUUCCAAACCAGUUUCAGAGCAACCCGCCCGUUCCCAUUGAUGACAGCAUUAAGAUCGAAGACAGGGAAAGCAUCACUGUCUAUUCCACGCAGUUUGGGGGUUAUGCCAAGGAAGCCGACUACAUAGCCCAAGCUGCCCAGCUACGCACCGCCCUGGAGGGCACAGGGACCUACCAGAGUGACAUGUACUUCUGCACUGGGUACGACCCGCCUAUGAAGCCCUACGGACGUCGCAAUGAGAUUUGGCUGGUGAAGACAUGA